AUGGAGCGGAGUGGCGACGAGCUGAGAUCACAGAGCGCGGAUGAAUUUGUCAAGUUCAAGGGCAGCACGGCAACUGACAGAUCGUCACAAGGCAAAGACGCAAGGGCGGAACAACAGGCCAAGCUAAUGCACGGCUUCCUUUUGCAGAAGAAUCCUGCACGUUUGCCCGCGUGGUCAACUCGGCAAAACGGCCUGUUGCGGCGUAUUCAUACUAGGCCGGGAACGGAUUGGCUUGCGAGGGAGACGGCGGACACAAGGGGAGAGAGUCUUGUAAGAUUAAGCUGGCCAGCAAAGAAUCGUGAAUGUAUGAAUAUCAUGUUCCAGAUGCAAUCGCGAUCUAGAAGCCAAGCCACAUCGAUCGAUACGGGAAAGAAGAAGAAGAGAAGAACAAAGGGCGAUACGAAAGCCAGUCUGUUACAGCAUGCUCCAAGUUGUUUGGGCUCUCAGCAUCCAGACGCAAGCGGGAGUGGUUACGCAAUUGAAUCCUAA